UUUACUCCUGAUAUUUUAUUACAUUAAACAAAAAUUGAAAAUGACUGAGCGGGAUUACUGUGAAUUAGAAACAAAUCACCAGUUCUCACUAUUGUCUGUUCCUCGCAUUCACCUAGAUGUGGAGGGGAUCCCUACCGUUACAAGUGAUGAACAGGUUAAAGUUGAAUCAACCAUUGAGCAUUUAUUGGAAAACUUUUUAGAAAAUCAUGAACUAGAUUCUACUUUACCCCUGCUGAACCGUCUUCCGAUUGUUGAUUUCGUGAAACAUGGCUUGAGCAGACUGUCAACAUCAUAUGAAUGCCUAGAUGCAAGCAGAACCUGGGUUUGUUACUGGAAUCUUCACUCAUUAGAAUUACUAGAAGCCUCCAUACCAGAUGAAACCAAAGAAGCUGUGAUCUCCUUUUUAAAUUUAUGUCAGAGCCCUACAGGAGGGUUUGGCGGUGGGCCUUUUCAAUAUUCCCACUUAGCCCCAACAUAUGCAGCCGUUAAUGCUCUUGUCAUUCUUCAGUCAGAUGUAGCUUACAAAAUAAUUGACAGGACAAACCUUUAUAACUUCUUAAUGAAUUGUAGAAAUGAGGAAGGAGCAUUUGCACUGCAUAUUGGAGGUGAAGUUGAUGUGAGAGGGACAUACUGUGCAGUAGUUGUGGCCAAAUUGACAGGCAUUGUGGAUCAGAAACUUUUCAAUGGUACCAGUGAAUGGAUUCUUAAAUGCCAAACAUACGAAGGUUGCUUUGCUGGGACCCCAAAUCAGGAAGCACAUGGAGGUUACACAUUUUGUGCCCUCGCUGCGCUUACUCUUUUAGGUCAAGAAAACAAAUGCAACAUAAGAUGUCUCUUGAGGUGGGCAUGCAACCGUCAAAUGAAGUUUGAAGGAGGUUUCCAAGGCAGAACUAACAAACUUGUGGAUGGUUGUUACUCCUUCUGGCAAGGAGCACUCUUCCCAUUAAUGCAUUUUCAUUUGGCAAAGUCAGAGCAAUACAGUGACGCAUUAGAUGUAGAACGAUGGCUUUUUAAUCAAAAGGCACUUCAAGAGUACUUACUCGUUUGUUGUCAACACCCGUUUGGCGGACUUCUCGAUAAACCUGGAAGGCCUCGUGACUUCUAUCACACUUGUUAUGGUUUGAGUGGUCUCUCCAUAGCACAACAUGUAAACGGUGUGGUUUCUGGAAGGACAUCGAUUGUGGGUAAUCCAAACAAUGAAUUGGCUUUAACCCACCCAGUCUACAACUUGGGAGUGAAUGCUGUGAUGAGAGCACUGAACUAUUUUAACUCGAAGCCUUUAAGAACCUGACCAGUUGCGAUAGUAACGUUUUUCCUGCCACCUCCUUCUUUCGAAUAAACCAAGCUCUUAUCUU